UUGACUUCUCCCACAUCCAGACCACAGAGCAGCUGCCAAAGGGCUGCGUCGGACAACGCCGACCCCGCGGCCGGGCCAGGAAGGGUGACAGUCCCCCAGCGUGGGAGCCCCCACGGUGACAGGAUGGGUGGCAGGAGGGCAGCAGAUCCAUGAAGAUCCUCGGAUUUUGGGGCUCAGGGCACGGAGCAGAGCUGCCCCGGCUGAGCCAGAGCCCAGAGCGGGAUCGGGGCCGGGAGAGCCUCGCCAGGGCCGGGCUGUGCCGUGGGCUCCCGCAGGACGUGGAUGCUGGAGGACGAUGCCGGGUGCAGCCGGUGGCCGCGCGGUGCUGGCGCUGAUGACGCUGUCCCUCAGCUUCGCAGCCGAGGAGCUGCUGUGCGCCUGCGACGUGCCCCACUGCAGCCAGCCCAACUGCACGGGCAAGGUGUGCUUCGUGAGCAAGAGGAGGGAGGAGGGAGCCAUCACCCAGCACCGCGGCUGCUUCUCCCAGAACGUCCUGGAGCACUGCCACACGCCCGUGACCGAGCAGUACGGCAUGAGGUGCUGCACCUCCCGCAUGUGCAACGCCGAGCUGGAGAUCUUCCUGCAAGGAGAAGAUGCCCUGGUGGAGACGUCUUCCCUCCCCAACCUCCUCCUGAUGAUCUUCAUCCCACUGCUCUCCCUCCUCGUCCUCGUGGCGCUCACGGCCCUCUUCUGCUGGAAGGUGGCCCAGCACCGCCACAAGCACAGCGACUUUGGGGACACGGACCUCAUGCUGAAGGCAUCCAUGAUGGGGGACAGCACCUUAGAGGACCUGCUGAACGAUGACUGCACCACGGGCAGCGGCUCGGGGCUGCCUUUCCUCGUGCAGAGAACGGUGGCUCGGCAGAUCACCCUCAUGGAGUGCGUGGGUAAAGGGCGCUACGGCGAGGUGUGGCGGGGCGUGUGGCAUGGCGAGAGCGUGGCCGUGAAGAUCUUCUCCUCCCGGGAUGAGCAGUCGUGGUUCCGUGAGACAGAGAUCUACAACACCGUCCUGCUCCGCCACGACAACAUCCUGGGCUUCAUCGCCUCUGACAUGACAUCCAGGAACUCCAGCACACAACUCUGGCUCAUCACCCACUACCACGAGAACGGCUCUCUCUACGACUUCCUGCAGAGGACAGCCCUGGACGUGGAGACCUGCCUGGGCCUGGCCUCCUCCAUCAUCUGUGGCCUCGUCCACCUCCACGUGGAGAUUUUCGGCACGCAAGGCAAACCUGCCAUCGCCCACCGCGACCUGAAGAGCAGGAACAUCCUGGUGAAGAGCAACCGGCAGUGCUGCAUCGCGGACCUGGGGCUGGCUGUCAUACACUCCCAGGGCAGCGACUACCUGGACAUCGGCAACAACCCCCGGGUGGGCACCAAGCGCUACAUGGCCCCGGAGGUGCUGAGCGAGCAGAUCCGCACCGACUGCUUCGAGUCCUACAAGAAGACCGACAUCUGGGCGUACGGGCUGGUGCUCUGGGAGAUCACCCGGAGGACGGUGGUGAACGGCAUCGUGGAGGAGUACCGGCCGCCCUUCUUCGACGUCGUGCCCAGCGACCCCAGCUUCGAAGACAUGAAGAAGGUGGUGUGUGUGGACCAGCAGACCCCCGUGAUCCCCAACCGCCUCUUCACCGAUUCGGUUCUGUCGGCGCUGGCCAAGAUCAUGAAGGAGUGCUGGUACCAGAGCCCCUCGGCCCGUCUCACCGCCCUGCGCAUUAAAAAGACCUUGAAGAAGCUGAACAAUUCCCUGGAGAAGCCAAAACUGGAGCAGUGAGCGCCGGGAACGGGACACCGGAGCCACUGUCGGGCUGCACCGGGUUCGGGAUGGCUCCGGUCACAGAGGGGGUUUGGUCAGAGCUCCGGCCUCUCCCACCCCUCCUUCCAGCCGGUAGAAUUUGCAAGCACGGAAAAAAUAGGAAAAAAAAACAACACCAAAGGAGGAAUCUUCCACCCGGCCAUAAAAAUAUCCCCUGGAUCCGUCACCCGACACCGGCGCGUCUCGCUGUCCCGGCGGGGAUGGCAGCUGGUCACCUCGACCAACCCGAGGGGCACCGAGGGCAGAACCACCCUCUGCAGCACCCCCCGGCCCUCGGGGCACCCACCCAGCGCCCUCGGGGCACCCACCCAGCGCCCUCGGGGCACCCACCCAGCGCCCUCGGGGCACCCACCCAGCGCCGGCCGCGGAGCUGCCCGGACCUGCCCGCCCGGCUCUGGCGGCGGCACCGCCGGGGGCUCGGCGGCGCCAGGAAUUCCCCGGCAGAGCUGCGGUGCCCGGCGCGCCUCUGGCUGAAGGAGGGAUGGAUUUCACUGGGAAAGGAUGGUCCGAGGGCAGCAUCCCCCUGGCCAGGCCAUGUCUGCACCCUGGAUUGAGGGGACCCCAAAAAUGAGGAGCUGCUGGCGCCCAGCGUGGCCUGAGCUUUCCAUGUGCCACAGGCAGCUGCCAGGAUGGGGGUCCCAUGGUGAUCCUUCCUUGCCAAGCAUCCCCCGUGCCAAAGAAGUUCUCCUUUGGGUCUUUGCCAAUAUUUUGGUGUUUCCCGAGGUGUUUUGGCUCAGCCGGCUUCAUCCCGCGUCGCUCCCUGCCAUCCCCAAAUCCACCCCAUUCUUGGAGAUGUUUGGACAUGACCAGGAUGGGACGUUCAGCAGAACCAGCUUUGCCACAUAACUAUUUAAUUAUUAAGAUUUAAUAUAUUUAAUAAAGUGUAAAGCUAUUUUAUCA